GAUUAUUGCUACUGGCAAUGGCUUGGCGCAUGCUGUUGCCGGCAUGACGCCGGCGGUUGAGAGCAAGGGCGCCUUCUUCGAGCCUUACGUUUGAACAACCCUUUGGUUGCUCAUGUGUUGGCUUCCCGCUUGGGCAUCGCGCCCACUGCGCCUGACAUGGAGUAACUAGCACUUGUUUUGCGUCCAUGUUGCUCCCGGCAGUGCAAGAAGAGCUUGUGAGGCAGUGAGUCAAAGCAAAGAGGCACAGACAACCGGAGGUGCUGACCAAGUAGGCUGGUCAAGCAUAGGACCACCAUCCAGCGCUCAGCGAGGGAGCCGGACCACACGUGCUUGCCUUUGAAGAUGCAUCCCUGUGUGGUUCGUAAGCCGUGAGAUAAAUGGCGUGAGCACUGCGUGCUCCUUGAGGCGAUCGUCAAAUUGUUGUUUUGGCAUGCGGAGAACGGCUUUCGGCAGAUGACAACUAGGACACUUCCAGCUGCCAGCCUUCACAGUGCUGGGUGUGUCAGUCAUCUCUAGUGAUGUCGUCUGGGUUUGAUCAGAGAAAGCGAAGUUUUCAGCCUGCCCAGUUCCUUUAUUUGUUGAUUCGGGCAGGCAUGUUCUUCGAGUAGCCCUGAAUGGAGUGACAAUGCCAAAACUCAGUGGAUGAUGGAGCCAGCCUUCAUGGCAUGGAAACUCAGGGAAGCCCCCUGGCGACUCAUGUCCUCUAGGGACCUUCUGCCAGGUUCCAUGUUGGAGGUGCAGCAGCCCCGAAGAAUUUUGAAGCUCUCUAGGGAUAGCAUUCUGUUCCUGCCAGCGAGACUCUAUGUACACGUGAGAGGACAGAAGCGAGAAGUUCCAAGUACAGUAUUUUUUAUUUUCAAGACGCAUAGCUUUUUCAAUGGUUGCACUGUGAAGCACUGCGCGGGAAUCAGUGGCAUUUGAGGCAUCGGCUCCGAUGAGUCGACGCUGAAAUUCGACGAUUCGCGGAAAUGACAAGAGCAAAUAGCAAGACUCACCCUUGAAAUGCCAGGUGCAUAAGAACUCCCUGUUGGUUGUCAAUUGCAGGACGUGUGCCUGACUAGCCUCUCAGCACGGAGCCUUUUUGCGAACACUUGAUGCGGUCAUUGCUUUAGACGCCCAGGCGACACCCGUCAUGAGGCAGAGACAUGAAAGGGUCAUUUUCCAAACGUGGGUUGACAGAGCCAAUGGCCCUUUGCGACGGCAGCCCGGCAGCCCUUGCCGUGUUUCAAUAGCCAGUAGUUUCAGCCAGUUCCACUGUAUUCAGAUUUUCCUACCCUUAGAAUCUAAGAAACGCUUUUUCAGCCGGUUUUUUCCGCCGCUAGUUUCAGCUGCUUCUUGGCAGCACACGAUGAUAGGCAUUUUGUGUCAAUUGAGCAAACAUUGAGCCCCUGAACCUGACAUCCGCACCAGCAAACAACCAUGCACACACCAGCUUUGUCCCGGGCGCAACCCAGUGCCGGUCGUGCGAAACGCAAGUCAUGGACCGAAACAAAGACACGUCUAAAAUGGGUGGUGUCCUGACCUUGACACCCAUUGACACCAUUGACACCCGCAUCCUGGGUGUCCUUUGCCCAACCCUAAGCUGUGUCCCGCACUUUACUGUGCAUGCUCAAGAUCCAAGAUCUUGUGUUCAAUGCCUUCACGGAAUGGCCAGAGACUUUGCCGUUCGCUUUUGGUUGGGUGUCCGGUUGGCUGUCGAAUGCAAGAAGGCUCUUGCCCAGCCACGCAUGGGUUCGCAAGCGGGUGUUUCAGAUGCACAGCCUUGAAGCUUUUCCGGACCUAGCCAGGUGCAAGCUCUACCCGGCGUGCCAGGCAAGCGUCCUCAACACACUGGAGCUUUGUCGCUAGUGGCAACCUCUUGGAUCCCGAAGACUCGGAGAGUCUAAGCCGUGCAGCUUUGACGAGCCGCAGCUUGGCCAACUGGCUGGAAGAACAAUGGCUGUGGGCUGCCCAGAUAUGACACAGGGCACUUGGUCACAGCUUCUUUGCCUCGUCUGAUUGGAUAUUUCUACUGGGGCCGAGAGCAUACAUGCAAGCCGUCUGGAGAUUAGUCGCCACCUGAACUGGCGUCGUAACAUUUGAGUGCACAUUGCUUCUUGAUCCCUCUACCUUAAGGACAAUGUCGCGGAGGCCGGGUACGUAGUGGGAAGUCAUGUUAUUUGUUCACAUUCUCGGCCUCAGGUUUAGAAUCUUUACAAUCUGAAAGCCAAAUGUUUGGGUUCUUGAGCCUGUCGGCCACAGGGCCUCGGCAGAGCUUGAGAAGCUGCAGGUUUGGCCACUGUGCCUUGCCUUAUGCCCGAGUCCGCGUAAGGCUGAGGCUGCUUUGGACGGGAGGGCUGCUUCUUGAGUCUGUGUUCCCCACGCUGGGACCUGGCCAUCGCACAGAGCUCCGCGCUUGCAACUCGGAUGUCUCGAUAGCGGAGUUGACCUUUUCGAGGCCGGAUGCAGGCCGCUACCGCUAGAUGCUGGCCAGCUGGUGAGCGCCGCAAGAUAGGGGGGCAUGUUCGCUUUUGCCGGGCCGCGGGUAAGACAUGUGCCCGUUUUCUCGCCCGAGACCAGCUAAGCGGCACCCGUGCAGGGCCGAUCUGGAACUUGAAGGACCGUGAUGUGCACUGUGACGAGCCGUUCUGUGUGGAGCAUGGUUUCUCCUGUCGGAUUGUCAGGGAGAACGGGCCACGAGUUUGGCUCCCUCUUGCCCUUUGCCAAGCUGACUGGAAGUUGCCGCGCAAAACUCUUGGCUUGAGGCCAUCAUUGGCAAGUUCCAAACUGGCAGACUGGGAUGUGAAGCGGCCGUUCGGAGCCAGAUAUGCUCGCGUGACAGCCGAGGCUGCAAACUCUCAGUUUUAGGAAGUUGGCUGCCAAGAUGUUGGAUGAACCCCGCUUCAGGAGCAAAGGGACUCCAGCGCCAUAUGUACCAUCGCCGGCCAGUGCAAGAGAAGUGCCUUUGCAAGCUGCAGCUGCAGCUUGCGCGCUUUGAGCACAAACAGUAGCACGAUCACACAUGCCCAAAGAACAAGUUGGCAAAAGAAAGGUAUUUGACUUUCACGAAGGAGAAGGAAUGUUCACACCGGGCUACACUGCGAAGGCAAACUGGGGGGAAAUCUGCGUAGGUCCAGCACUCUCAAGACACAUUGCCAGGAGGUACACCUCUUGGAGGCGCUGCGCAGCCACAAGGGCGAAGAAGAUUCAAUCUCCCCUGCUUCGUUAGGUACCUUUCAAUGUUCAGGAAAGGAACGAUGGCCUUAGUGGCAACCUCAGCAUCCCCUUGAGGUAGUCCGUGGUGUGGUUGGCCUGCAAGCAACGCACAGUGAAGCCAGCAGGGUGCUGACAUGGUUUUCUUUGGUGCCCACUGCUUGCCGCAUAGUCUCGCUAAGGGGCAAAUGGCCCAUAACAAGUUGCACUCAGCCCUGGCGUCGACUCCCAUGUCAGGAGCACAGCGUGUUGAAGACGCUCAUUGCGAAAAGGACUUUUGCCCCAGGAGCAGCUCGCUCGCGAGGCAGUUGAAGGCUUUUUGCCGGCCUCAAGCGCAGAAGACUUGCGCGGCAUUCCCAAGAUGUGUGACUUUGGUGUCCGCCUCCCCCCAACUCUCACAGCGUGGUGCCAUAGCAAAACCGAGCAGGCUGGGCCGGGGAGCUUGUUCUGCAGCUUCCUGCUGCCUGUGAGGACAGAGGCACGGAGGCGCCAAGGAUAUAACUGUGGUUGAUGUGACAUGAAGUGAAGCUGGCGAUCAGAGGGCAUGUUACACUGUGUGGACGAAGGCGACGCCUUCGAAUAAGACGACAGGCGCCAGUUGCGUUGCUGCUUCGCAGGCUGGGGUAGCGAGCACUCCCCGGCCAUAAACAAUCCCAUGAAGGCUCCCAUGCGGUUCUGCAAAUCGACAGAGCACUCGUGACCAAAAUGGAACGGCUCACCAAUUGACCGUCACUCCUUCGGCUCGCGGAAGCCCAAGAGCUCUUGUCGGAGUCCAAUGCCUUGUUCUUGAGAAGGCUAUGCGAUCCAUUCCCUUCUGUUUUUGAGGGCUGACGCAGGUCCAGGACCACGCUGAUGCCCACAAUGCCCACACUGCUUCAAAGAUGUCACCCCAAAGUCGCACAGGAAUCUUUUUGCAGGAACGCUGCUUUGCAUGUCGGCACGGCCAUGUCGCUUGACGCUGCUCAAUACUCAGCCGCAGCUGACGCUUGCCGUCAGCCAAUGAAACUAGGACGCCACUGCUGCCCGUGCCGCAGAAUCUCAACAUGUGCUUGAACUGCUUUCCCGCACGGUGUGCAUUGUGACACUGAUGCCGCACAUGGCUGCGGGACUUUUAUCUUGAUCCGCCCUAGUGCUUCAUAGUAGCUUCACCGCUCAGAUGCAUGGCAAGGCAACAGUCAGGAUGAACGGCAGGGUUUCAGGGGUUGGCAGCGGCUGGAAAAGACCCAAAUGGAUGCAAGGGCCACGCAUGGGGUGCCUCUACGUAUUUUUCCGCGGGGCGGGGCUCUAGAAGGCAACCCUCUCGCAGUUUGCUUUUGAAAAGAGCAGCCAGACCAGCAGUGGGGUGCAUUGGGUGCAUUUGCUGCAUGUGACCUGCGAAACUCGAUCUUUUCCCCACACAGCCGCACAGCGCCCAACAGGGUUGCUUGGGAUGUCAUGGUCUCUCAGAUGUGGCCUCUGAGCAAGUGAAGCCCGUCUCAAGAUGAGUCUUAGGAUUGUGCGUUGUGCACGCGAAUAAGACUAGUCCAGUGCUGCCUUCGUGUUGCGCGCGACGCGCAGCGGUACUGAACAUCGGUUUGUAAAAUCACUGGUUUUGGAGUGUUAGCAGAGAAUCUGCCCAGAGUCCAGCAAGCGCCCUUUGGCUCCCGGAGAAUCAACGCCAAAAUAUUGGUCUUUACAGCUCAAACGGCUGAAAAUCGUCGCCCGGCAGCGUGCCUCAAUCGUUGGCUUCCUGUUGUGGUUGAGGCCCUCCAGGCUUCCGUGGGUCAUGCCACUGCACGAAAGGGAGCCUCGGUAGAGACACUGGUCAGGUCGCCAAGAAUUUGGUUACACCAUGGCUGAACUUUGAAUUGGCCAUGUUUCAUGGAUGUCCCCACCACAUCCUUUGGGUUCUUCUCUCAGGCCAUGGUUUCCAGAUCUGAAGUCCACUCGGUGAGUUGCAGCCAUGGAUCCCCAGCAAGCUGUAGCGCGUACUUUGGGAAAGGCUUAGAAGAGCAGCUGGGGCAAUCAAAACAAGUCUCACAGGAGUUGAUAGCUUUCCAUGGGGCGACUCAAGUCCCGCCAGGCCUUGGAAUGCCUUUGAUAUUCACACAUCUUGGCACGCCUCGUUGCAAGAAGGGUUCCUGCCGGGUACAUGUUUGAGCUGCGAGAGUGCAGAAUGCAGGUGGCAACCAGCUCAGAGCCGGCGAAGUGCUUAUGAAUCGCCCGCUUGCUGUGAGAUGCGGCUUACUGCCAUUGCCCUGGUUGAACAAGUGUUGGAGCGAUUUGCAGGCAUACAGCAAUGCACCAACUGCUUUGCAACCUUGGCCCUUCAAAGCAGCCGGGAAAAAUGCCAAAUUAACUGUGCGUGUAGCACAGAAGGCCGCAGCUGCAAAUGUUCUUCCUAGCGAGUAUUGGCCAAGGAAGGAGGUAGCUUGACGUUUGUGCGCGCAAUGCGUCCAGCAAAGCCAAAGGCUCGAUAUCAUGCAACGGUCAAAAGCAUUUGGUGUAGGCGCCAGGCUCUGGAAAACGUAGAAGCUGCUCCAUUUGUCGCACGUGACAUGUUUAUGAUAGCGUUUCUGGGGGCUUAGAGCAAGACCUUUGCGAUAGAAUCGUCCGAUACCUUUCAAAAGUCGUCUAUCCUAGGACGGCAUGAUGUUCUGCAUUUUUGCGCCGCCUUGAAUGGUGCGCUCCUCAAUUCUUGCAUCACUCUGGCAACAGCUGGCGGUGCCAGGUCACGCAAGGCGUCGCGGGGCGGAUGCGUUGCUUGGAUCUCCAAGCUCCUAAAGCUGAGAAAGGGCAUUCGGUGAGGCUGGCCAGCUGCAAGCCCUGGCAUCCCAUUCCUGGGCUCAGCCAAGCUCGCCUUGCAGGCAGGCUGGAGCAGCUUUGUCUUGGCGCGCGCAUGGCGCUAAUGUUUGGCAUGGCCUCUCGUUGUGAGACGCUGAACGGCUUCUUUCCCGAGAGUUUAUUUGCUCGCUGCCCAUCGGAGGAUGCAGCCGUUCUUUGUGUGCCUGGCGAAAAGGGCGGAGGCAAGGCCAACGAGGGCUGCAAAGCCAAGUCCACUCCUCUUGCUGCUGUGCCGAGCCCUGCCAUGAUCGAGGUUUGCAGUUGGUUGGAGAGUUUGCCCCAACCCAUCCAGAGAGAUGGAAUCAUUCUGCUGAUUCGCUGCGCAAAAUAGGCACCGCCCAGCGAUGUAUGUUUCUGUCCUGUGGAACACUAGUCCUAUUGAGACAGUCAGCUGUGCUAGCCAGACUUCCAUAGAAAAGCGUGUCACAGUUGGGGGUUUCAAAGUGGGAGUGCGCUGAGACCAUGCGCUGCAAGUCUCCUUUGCACUUUGCGACGGGUACCUACUCGAUUUGGCACUGAGUUGAGCGCGUUGGCGCCAGCAGAGCAGGUUCCCCAAAGAGCCGAAGGGCUUCAAUAAUUUUGCUUGGUGGUGCAGCUCGGACUGCCGAUGGCACAACAGUUUACCAGUCGCUGCUACAAUCCUGCUCGGGUUCUUGUUCAAUUCUGUCUCCUUUGGAGGAGCAGCUUCAGGUGGGUUGGCCUUCGCUUGUCAUGCGCUCAUCUUUCGCGCAAGUCGUGCUCUGCGGGCACAGCUGGGGCUUCGAAGUAGCGGUUGCCUUGGGUCAGCAGUUGACUCUCAUGGGACUGAAUCUUCGAGGUUUGGUGGCGCUGGACUGCCGCUCCAGCUUCACCUGAGCCCCGUGCCGCGUAGCCUAUCGCCGCCCCAGGCGUUCAACUGGCGCCUGGCCACGGAAACGCUUCGCCUCGUGGCGCCCAUGCCUUAUUCUCUUCAAAGCAGACGCGCGUGCGUCGAAGUGGAGCUGGCACCGUACGCAUAGACAUGUCGCAAGCAGCCUUUCUGGAGGACACAGACCAUUUUAGCCUUCAAGAGUCUCAUCCCUGGGAUCUUGCGGGGCGAAUUGCCAGCAUGUGAGGUCGAUUUUCAAAACUGCGGAGA